AUGGGGCCCCGAAUGGCCUUCAUGGGUCUUGGGGAGAUGGGCAAGGCAAUGACACGCAACCUCCACCGCGAUGGAAAUCUAACCAGCCCUUUGACGCUCUGGAAUCGAACCAAGAGCACCGCUGACGCCCAUGGUGCUGACCUCGGAGACUGUAAAGUGGCCGAAACCGUGCAGGAGGCGGUUGAGAACUCAGACAUUGUCUGGUCAUGCCUACAGGACCAGUCCGCGGUCGAGCAAGUCUUCGACAGCAUACUUGCAGCCAACGUCGAUAUCACAGGCAAGCUGUUCGUCGACAGCUCCACCAUCGCUCCCGAGUGGUCAAAUGCCACAGCCAAACGGGUUAUCGAGGCGGGUGGGGAGUUCGUCUCGAUGCCUGUAAUGGGCGAGCCGGUGGUCGCAGCAGCCAAGAAACUCAUCUGCAUCCCAAGCGGAAAGCCGGAAUCGGUGGACCGAAUCCGACCAUAUUUGGAGGGCGUGUAA